UUGGCGCCCACAAUUGGAUUAGAAUUUACAUGCCCGACCUGUGUGUCCCUUGGACUGCGGUCACCAAUGGGUUAACCCUGGACACAUGUGUAAGAUGUGUUAUCAGAGGUCACUGACCUGUAUUGACCUUUCUGCCUUGUUUAUCAUUGGGUGCCUAUCUGUGAUGUAUCCUUCAUUUUGUCAGUCAACUAACGUUCCCGACACCUGUGGCGACUACUUUUUCCUGCCCAUGUUCCCCGAGUGCCCGUUCCACUUCGAGGCGUCCCCCUGCUACAACAGCUCCCCCACCGUGGUGGUUACCUUGACGACGCCGUCUGGUGAGGUCGUUGAGCGCUUCAUCACCAAACACGGGGAGGUGCAGGAGUUUGUGCUCAUACUGUACACACACGGGGAGGUGCAGGAGUUUGUGCUCAGCAGCCACAACAAGAACCGGCAUCAAGCUUACAUCGUACGCAGCAACUAUGACAUCUCCGUGUACAUCCACAAGGACAUGGGCGACUCCCUCAACGUGUUCCCCAUCGACACCUACGUCAGGGACUACGAGAUCACACGCAUGACGCCGCUGAAUGCCGAGCUGCCGAAGGUCAGCUCUCGCGGCACGGAGACCUUCUCAGGCAUCCUGUACAUCUUCAGCCCGUUCAACAACACCAGCAUCACGGUGACGCCGCUGUCCGACGACGCCAACACCACCACACCCACGUCCUCCUCCACCACCAACCUGUCGACGUCGUCAGCUUCCUUCUCCUCCACCACCAUCUUGCUAGACGCCUUUGAAAUCCACAGACAUUUCAUCGACACCAGGCGGCGCUACCGCCUCCACUCGCACGACGUGUUCGGGGUGGUCCUGCUCCAGGCGAGGGCGCCGUUCCUUCUCAACGACACCCUGUGUAGCGGCAUCGGCGUCACCCUGCUGGACUUUGUGCCGCCGUACGCCGUGAGGGGCAGGUAUUUCUACGUGGCUCUGCCCAAUGUUACAGAUUUCAUGCUUCACAUCCAAGGUCAACCCAACACCACAAUAGACGUGACAACGGAUAUGACGUCAUCCGAACUGGUCUUGGACCAGCUCGGCACCAACAUCAGCCUCGUGCCCCGCACGUCAUCGGCCUGGCUGUCGGCGUCCUUGGCCGUCAGCGUCUACAUCAAGGUCAAGGUCUGCAGCAACGACUCGGCCACGCGGGUCUGUGACGACAACGGCUUCUACCUGCCCAGCCUCGAGCACUACUUCACCUGCGAGGGGAACAAAUCCAAGGACGGCUGCAUCUGCACCUGCCCGUCUGUCUUUCAGCGGACCAUCGACCCGGAGAGUUUCCACUUCUUCAGGAACGUCAGCGACUCCCUCCCCACCUCCACCUACCCGCUGACGGUGGGCGCACUCUUUGACGUCACGACCUCCAUCUACCCCUCGAUCGGUUCCGCCGGCUCGGAUGACAUCAUCAUCACCACCAACAACUCGUUCCUCGUGUUCCGUCUCGACCGAGUCAACACCAACUUCCUCCCUGCCGGAAGUACUUUAGCCAACAGCAUCUGCGAGCCUAACUCCGCCAAUAUCCUUUUCCACAACUGCGACGGUAUCGAUACCGCGGACAGUUUCGCGGAUUCGGCGAGACAGGAAACGUUGUAUUCGACAGCGAACCCUAACGAGUGUUCGUGUGAGUUUGUUCAAGAUUCGGUUUUUUUUACGACGGCGAAUGAAAAAACCUCGGCAGUGUCCGGACAAGCAGCCACAAGCAACAACGUGGCCUAUAGCAGCAGGGGUGGGGCCGUGGAGUACUGGGAAGAUGAGGAGGAGGAUAAAACCAAGCCGCUCAUCGCUGUCGUCGUCUCGCUGUGUGUCGCCAUCUUCGCCGCCAUCGCUCUCAUCACGGGCUACAUGCUGGUGGAGGUCACGUCCAGGAGGAAACAUGUCCGCAACACAAAGAUUCGGCCCUUCGUCUCCUGACACAGGCAGAGGGAAGCAGAGGGGACAUCUGCACGGGAGGACAAGUCAGAGUUGCCAGUUAAGAUAGAGGACAUUGAGGUGUAAUGGGCCGUCCAUUAUAGGACAUUGAGGUGUAAUGGGCCGUCCAUUAUAGCUUGGUCACACUUACAUAGAGGACAUUGAGGUGUAAUGGGCCGUCGAUUAUAGCUUGGUCACACUUACAUAGAGGACAUUGAGGUGUAAUGGGCCGUCGAUUAUAGCUUGGUCACACUUACAAAGAGGACAUUAAGGUGUAAUGGACCAUCCAUCAACACACCCUUAACAUGGUGCUAAUCUGACGUUUAGUGCAAGUUCAUAGACCAAAGUUCUAGACAUCAACAUUGUCUAGGUUUGUUGGAAGGCCGAACAGUGUGACGUAGUGUUGGCAUGGCAACAGUAUGACGUAUGCAAUCACAUGACUCCCCCCUUUGUUUCCCGCGUGUACAUUUUCUUGACCUUGUAUUCAUUGUGUUGUGUCCUUGACCCAAAGACACAUUCCAUGUUAGCUAAUGUGUGAUGUUACAAGUAUACAGUUAUACACAUGUGUAUUGUGUGAGCACUUCCCCAGAGCCAGAGUGGUUUAGCUCUACAUACAAACAUGUUCACAACACGGCUGUUGUUCUCCCAACAUUUCUACACGACAGCAGCCGGUGCAACAGAAUUAUUGUGUAAUAAGAGCGAAAGAUAUGGCUACGAAUAUUUUUUGCCAUGAUGCCUUGCUGGAUUUAUAACAGUGUAUACAUCUGGUACUGGG